CAGAUGGGAAGGGAACCCCAAGUUGGCGGAGCAGCCUCAACACUUCAUCAUGGACCUGGUUGGCCUAAACCGAUGACCCCUAUGCUUAGCCACAGUGGAUCCCAUGCCAGCUCCUCUAGAGGCUCAGCCAUGUCUGCUGUCCUUGCCCAUGGGUCUACAAACAUCCCCACAGCCCUGCUCAUUCCCAAGAAAGAGAAGCUAUCACCCGUUCCACUCUAUGCCACAGAAAUGAGCAGCUUGACUGUUCAAUUUAGGGCUGAUCCAGGCCAACUAGCUCCACCUAACCCUGCAGACAAAGACUCCAACCCCAAGUUUCCACAUUCUGCCUUUUUAGGACAAGGAAAGCUGGAAUCUACCAAGCAAACAGAGACUAGGAGAAUCACUCACAUAUCUGCGGAGCAAAAGAGACGUUUCAACAUAAAACUGGGGUUUGACACUUUACAAAACCUUGUAACCACACUCAGCUCUCAGCCAAGUAUAAAGAUCAGCAAAGCCACGACCUUGCAGAAGACGGCAGAGUAUAUCAGCAAGAUGCAGCAGGAGAGAGCUCAACUGCAUGAGGAGGUUCAGCGACUCAGGGAGGAAAUACAGCACCUGAACUCUUCCAUCAAUGUUUGCCAGCAGCAGCUUCCAGCCACAGGUGUUCCCAUCACGCGGCAACGAUUUGACUACAUGAGGCAAAAGUUCAGAGAGUACGUCCGGGCUCAAACUUUACAAAACUGGAAGUUCUGGAUUUUCAGCAUCAUCAUCGAGCCUCUCUUCGAGUCCUAUAAUGGAAUGGUUUCUACAGCCAGUGCAGAAGACCUGUGUCGAUCCACUCUCUCCUGGUUGGACCAGCACUGUGCCUUGCCUGCGCUUAGACCCAUGGUUCUGAGUUCACUCCGUCUCCUAAGUACCACUACAGCCAUCCUAACUGACCCAAGCCUUCUACCGGAGCAGGCCACUCUAGCAGUGUCCCAGGGGGACACUGCUCCUGCUGUGGACCACUCCUUACAGCAGUAGUAUUAAAGUCUAAUAAAUAUAGCACAGCCCUUUUCUUACAUUUUUACAUCAUAGACUGAGAUUCAAAGAGAAAACAUGGCUCUCAGUCUCUAGUCUUAUCUAUCCAGAAGGUGCUCUGUUAGAGUCUGUGUAUGCCAACGCGGCUCAUGUACACCAAACCUUGCGCGUUGGUCCACAGUCAUGUUGGAAGAAGAAGUAGUCUACUUUUGGUUGGACUGUUCCUACAACAUUGGGAGGAUUGGGUUGUCUGAAGAUGUUCUUUCCGUGGUCCUGAGGGGCCACGCUUCUGAAAACAAACUCACAAAGCAGUCUGGAGUUUGGUAGAGAUUGGAUUUGAGAAAAACUUGGCAACCUCUGCACCUUAUGGGGCUCAGCAUCCUCUGCCCCGCUCCGUCUGCUUAUGAGGCCUACCAAUCUCUUGCUUAUUGUCUGUCAUUUCUGAUCGUAAUUUCAUUGCUAAUGACAAAGAUGACUUUGUCAUAAGCAAUAAAACUAUCACACCAUAAACCUCUUGAAUUAUGAUACCUGACUUAAAUUCAUAUGCGUUUGUGUGUGUGUAGUCUGGUGUAAUUUAGGUCAGAUGUUCCAAUAUGUAAUCAUUUUGAAAAAAGAUGAAAAUAGGUGUAAUACUGUUUGAAUAAUUAGAUAGAAAACUUUGAAUCAAUUUGACUGUAUGAUCUGGUUGAAGUGUAAAGUGCCUUGAGAUGACAUGUGUUGUGAAUUGGCCCUAUAUAAAUAAACUGAAUUGAAAACUGAAUUGAAUAACUUGUAAGAUGAAUCAAUACAUAAAUCAAAUUGCAAAAAUGUAUUGAUUAUAUAUUAAAAGCAUACUGUAUGUCUUUAUUUCAUAAUCCUGUUUUGUAGUUGAUCGUAAUGGGUGAUUUGAUUUUUGUUUUUUUCCGAAAAAUUGUCUUUUUUUCUGUAGCUCCAAUUCACAUAAUCAGCCGACUGGGGUUCAAGGAGACAGACAUUCGCACCCCAUGUGAUGUCCCUAGACUAAUUCCUCAGCAAAUCAGUGGGUAAAAUUCUUCCUUACCAUUUGUAAAGAAGAAAAAUGCACCCCCGGCAUCCCGAUGAUGCGAAAGCUAGCAUGGCUUCCGUUGCACAAAGAAUUUAGCAGCUAUUAUGGAUGGUAAACUAGAGUAGAUGUUUCACAAUAUCAAUAUUAGUACUCUGAGUAAAAAGACAUUUCUUGUAUUGGAGGCCGCCUCUUCUGAGAUUGAGAUGGACUGAGACAUUGCUAGUCUUGGAAAAAACUAUAAAGGAACUAUCCGAGAAGCUCCAAGACUUUGAAAAUAGUGGACAUGCAAAAAUUUGAGAAAGUGUUGGCUUCCAAAAGAAGCUGUAGGGGACAAACCCAAGUAAGUUUACGUAAUCCUGGAUUCUCACGAUCCUGCAGCUGGAUAUUAAACUGGACCAUGUCAAGCUGGAGAGAGCGCACAGGUUUCCACCCGGGAGUCUGUAUAAGUCCAGCACCCCUACACAGUGCUGUUUAAGAUUCAUUUAAAUUAAAUGCCAAAGGCAUUAGUAUUUUCUAGUGUUGGAGAAAAAGUACCUCGAUUACAGAGCGUCAUUAAGUGUCAGGUUGGGACACAGUCUUAUUCCAGAUCCGUACGGAUUUCUACAGUUGUUUCUCCAUUAAAUCUAACGGUGAUACUGUAGUCACCUCCUUCUCCUGAUAAGGUUGUUGCAUUUCAUUUAAAUUAAAUAAGAAAUUUGGUCAUUAUGCUUGUAUACAAUAUCAUAGAACAAAUCAGGCCAGUCUAGUAUAACAUGUAGUAAUUCUUUAUCCUUAGGCUGCCUUGCAAUUAGCAUAAAUGUUAGAAAAGCGGGAACCUUUGACCACCUAUUCCUCAAAAAACUCUUAACUGCACAGCUUUCUCUCCAAUGUUUUUUAUGGUUUGAACAAUAUUUGGUUCCCCCCAUGUAAUUUUGGCACAUAGAGUGCAAGUUUUCAUAUCAACAGGGGUUAUUGUUUUUGAUUAAACACAGUGAAACCCUUGCAGGUAAAUAAUCGCUUUGCAUUUUAUGGAGGGGGAACAUAAUAUCAUAGACACCUGAAAUAUUUGGUCCCCCCAUUUUACUUUGCCACAUAACGGCCAAAUGUUUACAUAUGAUCAGGCAAUAUUGUCCUCGAUGAGAGGAAUAAACACAGUGAAAGCGUACUGUAGCAGGCCAUUAUUACAUUUACUAAAACCACUCUCCUCUCUGUUGUUCCAUUUGUACAUCACAAAAUGUUGCUAAACAAAAGCAAACUACUAAACUUAAUUAUAAUAAUAUAUUUUCUAAAUUACAGUUUUG